UGUAGCAGGAAACUUUAUUCACUGUAUGUACUGUCAAGGAAUGUACAUUCGUAAGGAGCUUUGGAGACAUGUCCGCAGAUGCCCCUGCAAGCCAGAAGAUUUGGAUGAAGAACCUGGAAGAACAAAAGUGCUGGGUUUGGCUGGAGCUCAACAGUCUAUGUCCUGUCAGCAGAUUCCAAGUGGAGUGUGGAAGCUGAUUAGUGUAAUGAGGCAGGAUGAGGUUACCUCUGUUGUGCGGAAUGACUUUUCAAUUAUUCAGUUUGCCCAGUCACUUUACAACAGGCACGGACACGACCCUACAAAAUAUGAAUACAUAAGACAGAAGCUUCGUGAAAUCGGACGUCUGUUGUUGUGUUUGCGCACGGACUUCUCAGUACAUAACCUAGAGGACGCUGUUAAACCUGCAAACUUUAAGACAGUUGUGCAAGCAGUGAAAAAAGUUUCAGGUUUCGAUGAUGAAAAGCUGUCAUACCGAACACCCAGCCUUGCACUUAAAUUAGGACAUGCUCUGAACAAAAUCAAUGACAUCAUUCAUUGUCGGGCCCUCAUGGCUGAAGAUGAUGAACUGGUCAAGUCCACUGGCUUUUUCAAAAAAUUGUACACAUCCAAGUGGGCUGAGUUGGUGUCUCACAGUGCACUGAACACGCUGAGUGAUGCAAAGUACAACAAACCAUCAACUCUACCCUUCACAGAAGAUGUUCAGAUGCUUCAUCAGUUCCUCCAGAAAUCUGCAGAAAGUGCCUUUAGCAAAUUGAAGGAGGAGGCCACGGCUCAAAAUUAUGGUCGUCUUGCAAAUGCUACACUUUCACAAAUAAUUGUUUUUAAUCGUAGACGUGCUGGGGAGGUUUCGAAGAUGCGCCUCAAAAGCUUUGAGCAGAGGGACUGCUCAAAGCUCCAUGACGAUGUUGCUAUCGGACUAUCACAUGUUGAACAGAAGCUCUGCAACUUUUUUAGCAGAAUAGAAAUUAUGGGAAAAAGAGGGAGAAAAGUUGCAGUUCUGCUCACCCCAAGUGUUUUAGAUGCUCUGUCACUUUUGAUUAGUAAACGGUCUGAGUGUGGUAUUUGUGCCACAAAUGUCUUCUUGUUUGCGAGACCCAAGUCAAUGAGCCACUAUAGAGGACAGGACUCUUUGCGUGUCCAUGCAAGCCAGUGUGGAGCAAAGCACCCUGAGCACCUCAGGUCUACACAGCUCAGGAAGCAUGUUGCCACACUUUCCCAAGUACUAAAUUUAAAAAAUAAUGAACUUGAUCAGGUUGCAGAUUUUCUUGGUCAUGACAUUCGUGUUCACAGAGAUUUUUAUAGAUUACCAGUUCCCACCACACAACUGGCCAAGAUUUCAAAACUGCUUUUGACCAUGGAAAAGGGACAUCUCUCCAGCCUGCAAGGGAAAUCUCUGGAUGAGAUUGAACUAGAAGAGGAACUUGCACUCACUGACACUGAGGCCAAGGACAGUGAGGGUGAGUCGGAUGAGAGUGACACAGCUGUCACAGCAUCAGAAGGUGGAAAUGCCGAGCCUGUUGGUGCUGCAUUAGCUUCUACACUCGCAGAACAUGUCCAGGAAACUGCAGAUUUAGCAGGAACUGUGUCGUCCACAGUAGAUGAGACUGCUUCUCCGUCUGAAGGCAAAACUCAUCAAGAACAUCAUUCCAGAAAAGUGAAAAAGAAGAUCUGGUCCAAGGCUGAGGAGGCUGCAGUAAUGCGGCACUUCAAAGCUUACAUACUCAAAGGAAGACUAGCCACCAAACAUGAAUGCAGUCACUGCAAGAUGGUCGAAGGCUCCGUGUUAGCACAACGAACAGUGCAAAAUAUAAGGGACUUUGUGAGAAACCGGGGAACAACUGCAAAGAGAAAGGCAGAGCAGCAAAAGUUGUAAAUCCACUGACUUGUGUUCAUUUGUUUUUGUUUGCAUUGUGGUUUGGCUGAUGCCUUAACGUUUUAAAAGGCAAAAUGUUUCAAAAAAUGUUAUUUUAAAGUGGAUAAAAGUAAUACUUCAGCAGACAAGCUAAUGGAAGUUCAUAAUGCCCAUUUUUUUUUUUGUUUUUAGCGUGUGUGGCUGCUAAGAAAUUAGGUUUUGCUGUAUGCAAAUCCUGUUUACAAUUGUAAUAGGUAUUUGAAGUUCGCUCCAAACAAAUGCUAAAAAAAA